CCAGUCUGGUUGGUAAUCCUCGUCUGAAAAAAGCCUGUUGUGGCGUGGGACUGAGAAAAGGGGGUGAGAUAGACAGACAGACCCAGCCUGCAGUACGGAGCCGCAGCCUCGCAGCCAGGAGCCACUCAGCAAGGACCUGUCACAUCACAGUACUGCAGCCCCACAGAGGACCCAGGCACCUGAAGGGCGAGAGAGAAGAACAGAGAGCAAAAGAGAGCAAAAGAGAGGAGACCAAUCACAGGGUACGACGAGGGCACCACACCACAUCACACCAGCCAGAAAUGCAAACACCACCAAACUUUUGGAGAAAAGACUAAACUUUUUUCCUCUUGAUCAAAAGGAGACCUGUGCUGAGUUACAUAGUACCUGAUAGUUGGCUGAACAGCAGUGUUAUACUGUUCUAGAGUGAGUUCUAGGGUGAUCCGAGAGUGUUCCAGAGCGUUCGGGAGAGUUCCAAGCGUGUUCUAGAGUGAGUUCUAGGGUGAUCCGAGAGUGUUCCAGAGAGUUCCCGGGAGAGUUCCAAGCGUAUUCUAGAGUGUUCUAUACAGUGUUCUAGAAUAUUUUCAUCGGCCAUAGGAUCUGUGGGAACUAGAGCCAGACAGCAGGAUGAGUGCCACUGAAGACAUAGCAAAGGACUACUAUGACUACCCUGAUUGGAACAUGGAGAACCCUGUGCCUACCAAGGUCCCAGCUGAAGUAAUCCCACCAUGUGACCCUACAGCUGAUGAUAGACUCUACCACAUCUGCAUCUCUGCCAUUUCUCUGGUGGUCAUGUUGAUCCUAGCAUUCCUUGCCAGGAGGAUGAAGCUGGCGGAUGGGCAGAAAAGGAGUUUACUCAGCCCAGUGAACUUCCUGGACCACACGCAACACAAGGGCUUAGCUGUAGCAGUGUUUGGAGUGCUGUUCUGCAAACUGUUUGGUCUGGUCAUAGCACCAAACCCUCUUCCCUUCACCACAGACCAAGCCAACAAACAGUAUUGGAUUAUCGUCUCGCUGUUCUACUACCCUGUCCUGUACUUCCCUCUCCUGGCCUGUGGAACGCUUCGUAACGCCGUGGGGUACGUCCUGGGCUCCCUGCUUUCCUGGACUCACUUUGGGGUCCUCGUCUGGCAGAAGGCCGACUGCCCCAAGACACCAGAGAUCUAUAAGUACUACUCCCUGUUGGCCAGUCUGCCCCAGGUCUGUUGCCUGGCCUUCCUCAGUUUCCAGUAUCCUCUGCUGCUGUUCAAGGGCCUGAAGGGGACAGAGAAAACUACUGCUGGCGAGGACCUGAGCAGCAGCUACUACAAUGACUACGUCAAGAAUAUACUAAAGAAGAAGAAGCCUUCCAAAACCAGUACAAGCACAGAGAAGCCCACACUGGUGGAGAGGAUAACUGAUGCUGUGAAGUCCUACAUCUACAUACCAGAGGAAGUUUUCCGGUUUCCCCUGAAGCUGGCGAUAUCUGGAGUAGUGUCAUUUACCGCUCUUUACCAGAUGGCUUUGGUGUUUGUGACCAGCGUGGUGCCGACGCUCCAGAUUGUCCGUCAAGGCAUCAACGAAGAUAUCGCCUUCCUAUUGGCCGGUUUCAACAUCAUAUUAUCAGAGGACAGGGCCGAAGUGGUCCGGAUAGUGGUCUACUACAUGUGGUGUGUAGAAGUGUGCUACCUCUCUGCGAUGACCCUGUCCUGCUCAGUGAACCUGGUCAUGCUCAUGAGGUCCAUGGUCCUGCACCGGUCUAACCUGAAGGGGCUGUAUAGAGGAGACAUGUAUAAUGUAUAUAACUGCCAGAGGAGUAUCAGACCAUCUCGUCCUGCCCUGGUCUGCUGGAUGGGAUUCACCAGCUUCCAGGCUGCUCACAUCUGCUUAGGUAUGCUGAUCCAGACCAUAGUGUUCUUCCUGUGUCUGCUGAUCGCUGUGUUCCUCAUCAUCAUCCCCAUCUUCCACGGACAGAACCUCAUGCUCUUCAAGGUCCUGGGGAACAUGUGGCCGUUCUGGUUGAUGCUGUUCUCAGUUGUAGUGGUCCAACAUGUCACCACCAGGUUCUGCUUCAUUAAGAAGUCUACAGGGACACGGGACCUCCACAACAGGGGUAGUCUCUUCCUGCUGACCUACCUGUUGUUCCCGGUCAAUGUUCUGAUUGGUGUGGUGCUGGGGGUGUGGCGGCUGGUCAUCACGGCCCUGUUCAAUAUCGUCCACCUGGGACGCAUGGACAUCAGCCUCCUCAACCGCAAUGUAGAGGCCUUUGACCCCGCCUAUCGUUGCUAUGCUCACUAUCUAAAGAUUGAAGUGAGUCAGAGUCACCCGGUGAUGAAGGCCUUCUGUGGGAUGAUGCUGCAGUGUGCCAGGCAAGACGGGGCCGAAAAGAAGGCAAGAGAUGCAGAGGAAGGCAUCCAGCUAGUCAAUCAGGAGAAGAAGCCACAGCAUAAGGUUUCCAUCUCUAAACGGGCACGGGGCCACUGGCAGCUCCUCUACACCCUGGUCAACAACCCCUCGCUGGUGGGCUCCAGGAAGCACUUCCAGCGUCAGAACAACGAGAGCUUCUUCAACGGAACACUCAACUGGGCUGCAAAAGAGGGGAUCAAGAAGGAGGCAGGAAACAUGGAGGCAGGGAAGGAAACGGAGGCAGUGACUAACUGAGACUGAACGUGUCCCCCAGGCUUGUGGUCAACUCCAUUCCAAUUCAGGAAGCAAACUGAAAUUUAAAGCUGCAUUAUGUAACUAUUUGGGUGACCUGACCAAAUUCAGUGAGUCAUAGAUCUGUCAGUAGCAUUGAAAGCCUGUCUAAGAAGUGAUAGCUCUGUUCUGUGUGCUAUUUCUAUGCUUCCCGUUUUUAAGUUUUGGUUUUGUACACCAGCCUCAAACAAGAUGUUUGCUUCUUAAAGAUAUUUCACAGUGGUUUAGAUGGUUUAGAUUUAUUAUGAUCCCCAUUAGCCGACGCAGAUGGAGACAGCUAGUCUAACUGGGGUCUGAUACCAUGGAGACAGCUAGUCUAACUGGGGUCUGAUACCAUGGAGACAGCUAGUCUAACUGGGGUCUGAUACCAUGGAGACAGCUAGUCUAACUGGGGUCUGAUACCAUGGAGACAGCUAGUCUAACUGGGGUCUGAUACCAUGGAGACAGCUAGUCUAACUGGGGUCUGAUACCAUGGAGACAGCUAGUCUAACUGGGGUCUGAUACCAUGGAGACAGCUAGUCUAACUGGGGUCUGAUACCAUGGAGACAGCUAGUCUAACUGGG